CUCCAGCUCCGGGUCUUGCGCGUGUCCUCCCGCUCCAGCUGUUUCACGCAUCUGGCCAGCCGCGCCUUCUCCUCCUGGCGCAGUAGCAGCAGCGGCGGCAGCACCACCACCACCACCACCACCACCACCAGGACUAUCCACGCCAACGCCAGCACCAGCACCCAGCCAGCUCCCAUGUCCGGGGAAGAGGCGGCCGGGGGCGAUGCAGGCGCCCCACCGAGUGGCACCGCAGCCCCACCAGCAGAGCCGCCGCCGCCGCAGCUGCCAGAAGCGGCCCCAGCAGCCGCGCUCGGGGAGGAGGGCGAGGCUGCCGCGGGGCCGUCGGAGCAAGAGGCGGCCGGUGCCGCCCCCGCCGGCCGGGAGUAUCGGGCGCUGGUGCUGACGGGCUUCGGGGGCUACGAGAAGGUGAAGGUGCAGACGCGGCAGCUGCCUCACGCCGAGCCCAGCCCGGCUGCUGGCCAAGUCAGCGUGCAGGUCCGGGCCUGCGGGCUCAACUUCGCCGACCUGCUGGCGCGCCAGGGGCUCUACGGCAGGCUCCCGCCGCCGCCCGUCAGCCCUGGCAUGGAGGCGGCUGGCACUGUGCUGGCCGUGGGCGAGGGCGUCGCCUGCCCGAAGGUUGGUGAUAAUGUGAUGGUGAUGGCCAGAUCAGGUCUCUGGCAAGAAAUCGUGACUAUCCCAGCCAAUCAGACCUUUCUCAUGCCAGAAGGGAUGACCUUUCAGGAAGCUGCUGCCUUUCUGGUCAAUUACAUCACAGCCUACAUGGUCCUCUUUGACUUCGGCAACCUGCGACCCAACCAGAGUGUCCUUGUCCACAUGGCAGCAGGUGGAGUGGGAACCGCAGCAGUCCAGCUCUGCAAAACUGUGGAAAAUGUCACCAUUUUUGGCACAGCUUCUGCUUCCAAGCAUGAUGCCCUCAAGGAGAACGGGGUCACUCACCCCAUUGACUACCGGGCAGCUGAUUAUGUGGUGGAGGUCCGGAAAAUCUCACCCAAAGGUGUAGAUGUUGUCUUGGACCCCUUGGGAGGCUCAGAUACUACAAAGGGCUUUAACCUCCUUAAGCCAAUGGGAAAACUUGUCACCUAUGGUGUAGCCAACUUGCUAGCAGGGCAGAGGAAGAACCUGAUGGCCAUGGCAAAGACCUGGUGGAACCAAUUUAGCAUCAAUGCCUUGCAGCUGCUUCAUGUCAACAAGGCUGUUUGUGGCUAUCAUCUGGGCUACCUGGAUGAGGAGGUGGAGCUCAUAAGUGGCGUGGUGGCCAAGCUAGUUGCCCUCUACAAUCAAGGCAAAAUCAAGCCAAAGGUGGACUCUGUUUGGUCCUUUGAGCAGGUAGUGGAUGCUAUGAAGCAGAUGCAAGAGAAGAAAAAUGUUGGGAAAGUUGUGUUGACUCCUGAAGCAGCACAGAAGGAUUAAAGCAAGAAAGCAGAGAACUAAAGCAAAAGGAUUGUCUGACCUCAGAUACUCAUGUUGGUUUUUUUGGGUUGGGUUGUUGUUUUUUUAGCCUCCCCCACCCCACCCCAUUCUUUGAGGGAAGUAGGAAUGGACAGAUCUCAUUAACUACUGUUAAUAGAGUAAGUGGCCUAAAGAUUGAAGAGGCAAACAUUUUAUCUCAUGGUCAGUUGGUUGUUUUAAAGAUGAUGCAAGCUUCUGAGUUUCACAAACCCUUCAUUGAGUGAAACUCACAUGAUUGUACCAUCUCUAUAAAAGCAUUGGGUGACCUAGUUAAAAGGAGGAAGAAGAUACCACAUUGAUCCUACAUCUUUACUUUUGUAAUAUCAACAUUUUGCUUUCUUAAAGGAACAACAAGGCAUCAUUUGAAGGUGGGAGUGCACGAGGCAGGUGUGUCCACUGGAAUUUUCUUUGAUUUCAGCAUCUUUCUGUUUCCUUUCUUGCUACCCACCCACAACUUCACAAAAUGCCCAC